AAACCUUAAUAUUUUUUAAAUCUAAUGAAACUGCCUCUUAACUUAUGACAUUGACACCACAAAUAUUUUGCGCGAACCAUCUUAAAACCCGUUUAGUAAAUCAGAAAUAAUGUUACUCGUAUAUGGUAUAUCUCCUAAUUGGUUGAAAAAAUUGACAUUGCGAAUUUCAACGUUUUUUUAUGGCAUGAAGCUAAGCGCACUUGAUAGCAGCCAGCGAUGCAGAAAAAGAUACCAACAAUGGGGGCGACAAUCGCUGUAUGUUGCCUCCGCAUCCAGAGUACGGCUCUUACACGAGUUCUGUGAAAGGUUCUCCGGGAAACACCUUCUAUUCUUUUGAACUAAACGUGGCUUGCGACCGAGAAUUCAAAUUGACUGGCUCCGCUAGCAUCUCUUGCGCGCAGGGUCUAUGGUCCGAGAAGAUGCCCGAAUGUCGCGAAUUCUGUCUGCAGCCCAGUUUCUUUAAAGUUCCAAUAAGUUACUGCGUUUUCGCUUCAGGAGAAGUAUACAUGGAUGGCACAAACAAUGGUACAGCACCCGAUGAAACUGAUGACUCUAAAACGGAAACAAAUAAAACUAUGUCCUGUGUUAUACCGGAAAAGCCGAGGUACGGAUCAUGGGACUACAAGGGGCCCGGCGUCUCUGGAGAUUCUGUCGAGUCGUUCGAGUUGACGUUGUCGUGUUAUCCGGGCUACGAACUCGUCGGCCCCAGCAACAUCAACUGUUCGUCUGGACGUCUGUCGCAUCCCAUUCCUAGAUGUUUGGCGCCAUGUUCCCGGAACGAAAAUAAUACCGUGGAAACAAUCAACUGUAGCAUACGACCACCCAAGAAAGUUAGUACAACAUCCACAACCACUACAACCACAGAGAGUCCUGCAGAUAUCAGCAGCUUAGGCCUGUGCAAGCUACCGCCGUUCCCAGAACACGGCAUGUACUCGAGCUACCCUGAAGGUCAGCCUGGAACAACUUUGGCCUCGUUUCAACUCAACGUCACGUGCGAUCGUGGUUACAAUUUGGUCGGAGAUACGAAGAUUAUAUGCAUUUACGGAUUGAUGGAGAAGGAGAUGCCCGUCUGUUUGCCAUAUUGCAUAGUUGGUCAGAAGUCAAAGGUGACUUGCGCAAACGAGGCCCCGCAGUGUUUACUUGCCAGCGAAAACGAAGUACUUCGCAGUUCCAGAGUGGGCUCCGAACCAGAUUGUGGCAUAAUUAAAAUGCAUUCUCGGCGGAAACGCGAGCCCAUCUCCGGGGGAUUUGAAGCGAAACCACACGAGUUGCCAUGGCACACCGGCAUCUACAGAAAAAACCCGGAACCCGUCGAGCAGAUAUGCGGAGGAUCACUUAUUUCCAAACGCGUCGUCUUAUCUGCUGCACACUGCUUCACUACUAGUAGGACAGUACCGUCGGCUUCGAACUACGCGCUGGCUGCCGGAAAGAUUAUACGCUCAUGGUACAACAAGGCCGAGGGUUCUGCCCAAACGAGUGACGUUCAAGAAAUAAAGAUCCCGCCGCGGUACCAAGGGGCCGUCGCGAACUUCCAAGACGACCUUGCCAUAGUGAUAUCGGUCGAUGAGUUCGACUUCGAAUUCUUCGUGAAGCCUGCGUGCCUUAGCUUCGAUCCCAAGUUCGACGAAGAGCAGUUGCAAGAUGGAAAAUUAGGGAAGAUUGGCGGCUGGGGUCUGACUGACGAGGAAUCUACGCCUUCGAGGAAACUCCGCACUGCGAGACUCCCAUACAUCAAUAUCGAUAAAUGCAUAGAAGACAGCCCAGUGUCGUUCAAGAGCUCUAUCACCGGAGACAAGAUCUGCGCUGGAUACGACAAUGGCACGUCGGCGUGUCGUGGCGACAGUGGCGGCGGCAUCGUGUUUCCAGCAUACGAGGACUAUGUACGCCGGUACUACCUGCGCGGGUUGAUCUCCACCUCACCCGUCAACAACAAAGACUGCAACAUCUACACAUGGGUCACAUUCACACAUCUGCAGAAGCAUGCUGACUUCAUCAUGUCCGCCACUCGUGGUCUAUUGUGAAAAACGCGAAACAAUCUAACAAAGCAUUUUGGAGGGUCACAUUUGGAGGCACAAUUAUUUUAUAAAUAAUCAAAUUACCUUCAAACAGCACUAACCUUAAACCGCUGGUUCUAGAAAUUAUAAUAACGCAGCAAUAGAUUUUCAUAAAUUCAUCUCUUAUUAAAAAGGGUAAUUGUGAUGUUGCUCAUGGUAAAUUUAAUAAGUGAACAUGGGUAAGAAAAUUACUAUUGUCAGGCGAAUUGAAGACAUAAGAAAAAGAAGAUUGGAGUAGGAUUGUUGGUGGCAGGAUAUUUGUAUCCUUCCAGAUACGGACUACCGUACACUCGCCAGUCAGUCGGUACCAACUGAAGCCCACUCUGAUUAUAAUGGUUGCAGUGCGGUGACUGCUUUCCAGUAUUUAAUAAAACUAAUCCUGCACUAGGGCGGGGUAAUGCCAACUAGAAGAUAUUAUGAUAGUCAGGCUGUAUCUCUCUAGCCAAAACCAGUACCUACAAUUUUAACAUUUGCUUCGGCGCCAAAACAAUGAACUAUCCCCCUUUGCGGCGUUUAGAAACGGGCUGUCUUGUCCCGCACUGGCGAGUGGCUGUACGACGCGAGCGCGGCAUGGCACAUCAAAUGUCUUUUCUAGGAUGCUACGUCAGUGUGGCGCAACCUGAGGGCGCAACACAACUGUUGCUUGGAAACAAAUCUAGUGUAUAUGAUUUAAUUUAUAUUAUUAAGUAUGUUACGCAUAGCUAAUAUAUGGAAAGCGCUACGCAUGCAUCGCCCCAUAAACACAAGAAGCUACACGUGUUGCACCGUCAGCAGAACGUGACCACCAUUGACGUCAAUCGGAGGGCACAUGAAACCGUCGUAGCAACCGCGCCGCAUUCUUGGUCCAACAUCGAUCAACUAUCAACCUAUUUUAAUUAGUAAUAAUUUCUUAUAUUGUAAUUUUCCAUUUAUAAAUUAAAUUUCUUAUUUUAA